AUGCCGUCUGAUAAAAAGAGACUAUCCAGUGGCCUCACAGUCACUUCCAAGGUCUUUGUGAUGUCCAGGAAUGGAAGUGCUACCAAAGUUGUCAGAGAGCACUAUCUUCGUGAUGAUAUCGUAUGCUAUUCCACUGCUUGUAACAAAUGUGCAGAAUUAAUCAAAGAAAACCCCGAUGGCCAAAUUCCAAACAUCCAGUUGUCCGACGUUCCUGCCAAAUUACAGAACGAAAGACACUAUAUAGUUGUUGAUACGAACAUUGUUUUGCUGGCUAUUGACUUGUUGGAAAAUACAGAAUGUUUUUACGACGUGAUAAUCCCUCAAACUGUUCUUGAUGAAGUGAAGAAUAAAUCGUUUCCUAUUUACCAGAGAUUGAGAAGCUUGGUGAAAGCAGAGGAAAAACGGUUCGUGGUAUUCCAUAACGAGUUUCAUGAGGGAACCUAUGUUACCAGAAAACAUGGUGAAUCAAUGAACGAUAGAAAUGACAGAGCCAUCAGAAAAGUUGUAAGCUGGUACGACAAUCAUAUAAAUCACGACAAUUCCAUCGAGAAGAUCAACUUGGUAUUUGUGUGCAAUGAUAAGGACUGCAGAAAGAAGGCUGAAGCUGAGGGUAUCUAUACAAAAUCACUUGUUGACUACGUUGAGAUGUUACCUAAGGCAGACUAUCUCAGAGAAUUGGUUUCCAAUGACAACCAAACGUUCACCGAAUUCCAAAAUGAAGCCAAGUACCAAGAAUACUAUUCCGAGGCUAGGAUUAUGGCCGGUGUGAAAAACAAGUCUCUUUUCAAGGGUAUUUUAAACAUCUCCAGAUACAACUUCUUGCAGGGUACGGUUCAAGUGCCGGACUUCAAGAAACCACUUUUGGUGGUGGGAACCAAGAACCUCAAUAGAGCUUUCAACAGCGAUCUUGUGGUGGUGGAGCUAUUACCUCAAGAUAAAUGGAGAUCACCUUCCUCUACUAUUGUAGAGGAGGGUUCUAUUGAUGAUUACGACAAUCCUGAUGAUGACGAUGAUGGUGCCACCGCUUCAAACGGUAUUAUUCCUGAUAAAGAACGGAUUCUUUUAGCCCAAGAAGCUACUAAGGCUAUCACUUUAGCCUCUUCGGGGAAUACGGAUGUUGAACAUAAACUCCAACCCACCGCAAAGGUUGUGGGCGUUAUCAGAAGAUCAUGGAGAUAUUACGUUGGACAAAUUGCACCCACUUCUGUUUCUGCUGAUGACAAUGGGAAUGCUUCUAGAGCUUGUUUUGUUGUUUUGAUGGACACAGUGUUGCCAAAAAUCAGAAUCAGAACCAGGAGAGCCAAGGAGUUGUUGGGCAAGAGAAUAGUCAUAUCGGUUGACUCCUGGGAGGCUACUUCAAAAUACCCUCUGGGCCAUUUCGUCCGGUCUCUUGGUGAUAUCGAAAGCACUGAAGCUGAAACUGAAGCUCUCUUACUUGAGCAUGAUGUUGAAUAUAGACCGUUUGCAACCAAUGUUUUGAACUGUUUGCCUAAAGAAGGAGACAAGUGGAAAGUUCCUGAAAAUUUGGAUAAUGGCGACGAGCAAUUGAAGAAGAGAAAGGAUUUGAGAGGCGAAUUGGUGUGUUCUAUUGAUCCACCAAACUGUGUGGACAUUGACGAUGCAUUGCAUGCCAAGCCAUUACCAAACGGAAACUUUCAAGUGGGGGUUCAUAUUGCCGAUGUUACUCAUUUCGUGAAGGCAAACACUGCAUUGGACGAUGAGGGUGCUUCUAGAGGUACUUCUGUCUACUUGGUGGAUAGAAGAAUCGAUAUGUUGCCUUUGUUGUUAGGAACAAAUCUUUGCUCUUUAAACCCAUACAUUGAUAGAUACGCAUUUUCCGUGAUCUGGGAGGUUGAUAAGGAUGCCAAUAUCGUGAGCGUGGAAUUCACCAAGUCCAUAAUCAGAUCCAGAGAAGCAUUCUCAUACGAGGCUGCGCAAAAGAGGAUUGAUGAUAAGCUGCAAAAUGAUGAGCUCACCAAAUCAAUGAGAAUAUUAUUGAAUUUGUCGAAGAAAUUAAAACAAAAACGGUUAAAUAAUGGUGCCUUAAACUUAGCUUCUCCAGAAGUAAAAGUUCAUAUGGAUAGUGAGACUUCGGAUCCUGGUGAGGUUGAAAUCAAGCAAUUACUUGAAACUAAUUCUUUAGUUGAAGAGUUCAUGUUGUUUGCCAAUAUCUCUGUGGCUCGUAAAAUCUACGACUCAUAUCCUCAAACUGCUAUGCUUAGAAGGCAUGCUCCACCUCCCGCUUCUAAUUUUGAACAAUUGAACGAUAUGUUGAGUGUUCGCAAGAAUGGUAUGCACAUUUCUUUGGAGAAUUCAAAGGCUUUGGCUGAUUCUUUGGACAAUUGCAUUGAUCCCAAAGAUGAAUAUUUCAACACCUUGGUAAGAAUUAUGUCCACUAGGUGUAUGAUGGCAGCUGAGUACUUUCCUUCCGGAUUUUUUGGAUAUUCUGACUUCAAGCAUUACGGUUUGGCAGUGGAUAUUUAUACCCACUUCACAUCUCCUAUUAGAAGAUACUGUGAUAUUGUUGUCCAUAGACAGCUUGCUGGGGCUAUCGGCUACGAGGAUUUGGCCCAAAGCCACAGAGACAAGAACAAGAUGGAAUUUAUUGUCAAGAAUAUCAACAAACGUCAUAGAAAUGCCCAAUUUGCCGGAAGAGCCAGUAUAGAGUAUUAUGUGGGGCAAGUCAUGAAGCUGAAUGAAUCGAUCCAGGAAGGAUAUGUUAUCAAAUGUUUCAACAAUGGUAUUGUUGUAUUGGUACCCAAGUUUGGUAUUGAAGGUUUAAUCAGAUUGGAAGAUCUUGGAGACACAGACUCGGCCAUUUAUGACGAAGACAAGUUUGAACUUCACUUCAAUGAUCUCCACAAGAACAAGAGAACUAUCGGUGUUUUCGAUAAGGUCAAGGUCGAAAUCAAGUCUAUCAAAGAUGAAAUAUCUGGAAAGAGGAAGGCCCAAUUGAUACUUCAAUAA